AUGACGAUCUGUACUCAUAACGCACGUACGCUUGCAUCGGAAGCGGCCAUCGAAGAUCUGAUGAUGCAAGCCAAGAAGAUUGGAAACCUGCGCAUUUCGCAAGCAGGAAGAAAACGCGGUGCUCAUCGCAGACAGUGUCAUGACAACACCCUUUUCAAGAUAGCUGUCACUAUCUUGGCACGCGAAUCAGACGUUCUAGCGCGAAAAACAUUGGAAGCGUUUUAUAUCACGGCCAAAAGUCCUAUCAUGAAUCGUAAAGAAGAAUGCAUCGCUGUGACCAACGAGCUGGCGCCAUAUCAGGACCUUUGCGGCGGCGCAACUCUCACAACUGGUGGUCCGCUAACAUCACGAUUUCGUGGCUAUCAAGAAUUCUCUUCAAGUUCAAUUUGA